AUAAGCAACGGUUUAGCUUUAGCGGCUUCGUACAAAACCCAAAAACAUUUUCGAAUUUCGAAUAAAAUUGUUGUAAUUUCUUUAGAUAAUAGUAACAAUACAAAGUUUAAAUGGAGAGUUUAUUAAAAGGAAUAUUUGAAAAUUAUCCUAAAUAUACAAUAGAAAAACAAGCAAGCCCCAGUUAUGUCGAAAUGUACACGCGAGAAAAUAAAGAAAUUAUCAUUGUGUACGCAAAAGCAAAACAGUCGAGCUCUACAUCAGAAUAUAAUAACAAAAAUAUUGACGAAAAAGAAGAGUUGGAUCUAACAGGGUCUCCACUUAAGUUGGACUUGAGUUUGCACACAGUACUCGAUGAGACCUUAAUAUCUGAUGAACCACAGUUGUGGAGGAAGGAAGAAGUCUUUCAUGCACCUCUAGAUGUGGAGCAAGCAAGAGAAAUACUUAACCUUUACAACAAAAGUGUCAGUUCAGUAUCUCAAGAAGACUCAAUACCUAUGUGGGUAGUCUGCAAACCAAGUGAGAGUAAAAUAUUACUGAUUACUAACCAGUCUAAUGCAGAGGAAUUUGCUCGAGGUCUAGUCACUUAUGAAGGUUCAAUGUUGCUAGAAGAAGUUGAUGUUGAGAAUAUGGUUCAAGAAUUUGCAUCGCAAGAACAUAUUAGUGAGGAUUUGGUCACAGUAUCUAUAGACUGCAAGUACUCAAUAUCAGGUAUUUCAUACAGCUCUCUCACGAUGGAGGAACAGCUCAACGCGCCGCAUGGAGGCGUCACUGAGCUGUAUUGUGAAUGGAAAGCCAAAACUUUGCUCACGCCAUUUAUUAGCUGCAAAGUGCAUUUUGAACAAGAGGUGGCAAUAGGUCACUUGGCGAGUCCUUGCAAUGCAAUAUGGAAGUCAGUCACAGCGUUGCACAAUAUCAAUCAACUCCUGGUUGAUAUGACUGCAGCUGGACUCAACACCGUCAACUUGGAGACUGCUGUUAUUAGAAACGUUUUCCAAGGAAUGAAACGUCUGAACAACACGAAACGUCUCAACAACUUGCUCAAUGAGACUGAAACGUAUACUUAUACCGCAGAGUGUCCCGCGGGCGGCUGCCUGUGUAUUACUGAAGAUACUAGCAGCUUACGACAAUGCAUGACUAGCAUGUCCACUCAAGGGUCCAGUAAUGAUUUCACUUACAAACUAUGGGAUAUUUUAAGAGAUUGUGAAACGGCUGAAGAACUCAUAACAUUAUUAAUGCAAGCCCUCAAAUUCAUAUCUUCCGGAAAAAUACGACCUUUUAUAGAUGUCAAUAAUAAGAGUUACCUGUCAAAACUAGUGCUAAAACUGUCCCGUGGCCACUCGCAAACGGCGAAGGUGCUGAAAAACCUUCGCUCAAGCCCGCCGCAAACACUAUCCCUCGUCGCGCAAGUCGGGAUGGAGAAGACUAUGUGGGAGUACACCAGAGUCAUGUCGCUUCUCGAACAUUCCUUCUUCAUAGCUGGGAUCUGGAAUACAGAUGCAAGAUCCCAUGAAUCCAUAGAGCAAAUAAACCAAACUAUAAACGACAUGACUAUGGGCGGAGACUUCACUCUAAACCCCUUCGAGAACAUCGCCUCAUCGGAGCAUUCAAUUCGAAUCGACGCCGAAUCGUUCUGUAUAGAAGAUCCGAACGAACUAACUGUUGAUGACUUUGCCUCUCUCAAAAAACAUGGACUAGUGAGCGAGAAGAAAGAUGUUAAUGAGGUGCCAUUGAUAGCGGACGAAAUAGACAUCAGUCCGUGGAAGAAUUUGCUGAUGAAGUUCGCACAAGUGCACGCUUGCUUGGAGCAUCUGUACCGCGCCGAAAUGUGCUUGAGGGCGGACUUUGCCCAACUAAAGCCCAUGGCAUCAAAACUGUUGGAACACUACGUAUCAGAAAAGUCCCCCAUCAGAACAGUGGGGCAGCUAAUGAGCGAACCAGCUCUUAAGAUACGCAUCCCCAUCGCGAACAACGUUGUGCAGGAUCAUUUGAAAAAAUCAGCCUUCUGGUACCGAAUGGAGCUGAAGAAGAAAGCGAAUUGCUCCGAAGGGAUUCCCAGAGAAUGCAGAAUGAUCUACGUGUUCUCUCAACAACCUGUGUUCCCACCUCAAGUGUGGCAAUACUUAGAGCCUCCCACUGAAGAAGUCGCCGAGUUAACAACCGUUGAGGAGUUGCGUUUCCAUUGCACCAAAUAUGUAUUUUUGAGCAACCAAGUAUCUAGGAAACUGGAUUUCUUGAAUAAUGUUUGAAUUAGGUACUUUUCGCUCAGUAAAGUAGAAAGAUAGAUAGACAGAAGUCUUUAUUGCACACAAAAACACAUGUAAAGGAACACAACACAGAAAGAAGAAAACAGAAAAAACAAUGUAUAUGUAUGGAAGUAUAUUGAUAAAAAUUCUCAAGAACGCGUUCCAUCUACUAAUACGUAGUUAUAAGAAAAGCUGUUAUUGUGAUACUUUUGUAAUUUUAACUUACAUUUUUAUAUUUCUAUUAAAACUUUUUAACACUA